UCGUUACGUCAUGGAACCGCGACCGUCAUCACGCAUCACAACAAUCCUAAUAUAAGACUACCUACAUGUACCUACCUAAUCGACAACCUGAAAACUUUUAGAAAAACUACUCCAAAUUACUCAUUCUCGGGUUACCUUGAUAAUAUUACGUACCCAUCUAUAUAUUUAAUAUCCCGUUAAUACUGCGAUAAAACUUGCCGAAAUGUUCCUACAGAUUCUUCACUUUGCUCAAGCUACUUUGGCUAUAUACGGCGGCAGGCAAUCCUACGUCGCCAUCACCAACCUUCGCAAAUACGAAGAUGCAACUAAGAAGGCAGCCAGAGUAUCCAAGGAGGCCGAGCGUCAGCGACAGCAGACGUAUGCCACGCAGACCACCGGCGUCGUUACAUUGCUGUUCUCAUUCUUCAUGUCGGUGCUGCUCGCCCGCGAGGGUUCCAUCUACGGCUUCCUACCGCGGUUCUUGGCGCCGGCCGCAACCAUCGCCGCUGUUUACUUUGCGAGAAAGUAUAUCCGGGGGUUUUGGGCCGGGAAGACGCCCGGGGUCAAGGGUAAUCUGCCGAACAUGGGCGAUUAUGACGACGCGGAGAAGAGAACUCAUGAGCUCCUGAACGUGCUGGAUCUUUUAAUGUAUAGCUGGAUUGCUACCCUAGCUUUAGCUAUAACUGUAGGAUAUUAAAUGUCAUCCCGGAUGACAGGUAGAUUGGUCGCCUUAGAUAUAAGAAACUCGGUGUAGUAUGUUAUACAUUAGAAAUAUAUAUAACACACACCUAUUAAAUCCCUAUGUACUCACGACGACCCCUACUACCUGACGCUAGCAUAGCGGCGCAAUCUCCCCAGUCUCUAAUUCCUUCGCAACCCGCGACGAGACUUCGUCCCAGCGCUCGAACGUGUCCGCCUCGGCGUCAAACGCGUAUAACCACCUAUUCCGCAUCUUGACGCUCUCCGGGUCGAUCUCGACGCCCUCCUCCACGUCCUUGAGCGCGUUGUGCCAGCGGUCCCGCAGGUCUUCCCCGUUCGUCUGGCUCGCCCUGGUCCUUGCGAACCGCAGCUUCUCGUAACAUCUCGUCUAUAGA